UUCCAAGCUCACUGGUGGCAGCUGGGGAAAAGCUAAAGCCAGCCCUGGAGAAAUUUCACCUCCCUCCUCUCAGGCUGCUGUCGGCUUUCCUGCCCCCAAAUGCUACCUGCAGCAGCCUGGAGUUUCUGAACCUCACACCUCUGUCCAGCAAUCCUGACUACCGUGUUGCUUUGUGGGACAUACUGGCUCUGGAUGUGACUCUAUUCUGGAGACAUCGUGUCUCCUCACCAAUGAUUACUUCUUUCUUUCCCUGCCCAGAGAGGUCAUUUUAGUUGGAAGGCCAGAAGUGCUGUGUUCUGGUUUUCUGGGUGGGCGUCUGUCCAACUGCUUUGGGGAUUUCCAGGCUGUUCUAGUAAAUGCUGGCUGCAAGUCUCUGUGUGCAAAUGCUCUCUCUCUCCCCAGGCUGUAGGGAAAGCUACCCCGACCAUGCCGGCCAGAGUGUUCAAGUGUGCCAUUAGGUGUCUAGGGAUGGCGAGACUGGAUGCAGAGCCCCUGAGCUGGCUUUGUGCCAUCCCUUCGUUUUCACUGAGGGUUGAUCCUAAGUUCCCGGGGAGCUCUCUGUUGCUGGCAGAGUCCCGCGGGACACAGGUUCUGAUGCAGGAUGUGUGACCGGAACGGCGGGCGGCGGCUGCGGCAGUGGCUGAUCGAACAGAUCGACAGCAGCAUGUACCCAGGGCUGAUUUGGGAAAAUGACGAGAAGACCAUGUUCCGUAUCCCCUGGAAGCACGCCGGCAAGCAGGAUUACAAUCAGGAAGUGGAUGCUUCCAUCUUCAAGGCCUGGGCAGUUUUUAAAGGGAAGUUUAAAGAGGGAGACAAAGCUGAACCAGCCACGUGGAAGACGAGGUUACGAUGUGCUUUGAACAAGAGCCCAGAUUUUGAAGAAGUGACUGACCGGUCCCAGCUGGACAUUUCCGAGCCAUAUAAAGUUUACCGAAUUGUCCCCGAGGAAGAGCAAAAAUGCAAGCUGGGCGUGGCACCCACAGGCUGCCUGAGCGACGUCCCAGAGAUGGAGUGUGGCCGUUCAGAGAUCGAGGAACUGAUCAAGGAGCCUUCUGUGGAUGAAUACAUGGGUAUGACCAAAAGGAGCCCAUCCCCACCAGAGGCCUGCAGGAAUCAGAUCCUCCCUGACUGGUGGGUCCAGCAGUCCAGUGCAGGCCUGCCACUGGUGACUGGGUAUGCCACCUAUGACACACAUCAUUCAGCCUUCUCCCAGAUGGUGAUCAGCUUCUAUUAUGGAGGCAAGCUGGUGGGCCAGACCACCACCACCUGCCUGGAGGGGUGCCGUCUGUCCCUGAGCCAGCCGGGGCUGCCUAAGCUGUAUGGGCCCGAUGGCCUGGAGUCCGUGUGCUUCCCGACAGCCGACAUCAUCCCCAGUGAGCGGCAGAGGCAGGUGACCCGGAAGCUGUUUGGGCACCUGGAGCGUGGCGUGCUCUUACACAGUAACCGCAAGGGUGUGUUCGUGAAGCGGCUGUGUCAGGGCCGCGUGUUCUGCAGCGGCAACGCAGUGGUUUGCAAGGGCAGGCCCAACAAGUUGGAGCGGGAUGAGGUGGCACAAGUGUUUGACACCAACCAGUUCUUCCGAGAGCUGCAGCAAUUCUACGCCACUCAGAGCCGUCUACCCGACAACAGGGUGGUCCUGUGCUUCGGGGAGGAGUUUCCAGACACGGCGCCCUUGCGCUCCAAACUCAUUCUGGUGCAGGUAGAACAGCUGUAUGCCAGGCAGCUGGUAGAGGAGGCAAGCAAGAGCUGUGGUGCUGGUUCCCUGAUGCCAGCCCUGGAGGAGCCCCAGCCGGACCAGGCCUUCCGGAUGUUUCCAGAUAUCUGUACCUCACACCAGAGACCCUUUUUCAGAGAAAAUCAACAGAUCACCGUCUAAGCCUCAGUCUGGACACCCCACCUCUCCUGAGCUCAAGCUUCACGAUUCUGUGACCAAGAGAAUUCUGAAAGGACAUGGCCCCCUCUGACUGGGGUGGGCGGGUAUCCUCCGAGGGGCCUCAGGAAGCUGACAGAUGGACACGCUCCUGCUCAGGCAGGUGUCAGAAGCUUGCAGGGACUGUGGUCAGAACCUGUGAUUAACGCGUUCCUUUCCUGUGUUUCCCCCUUCACCGUUCAUGGCUGGCCUUCUUUCUGCAUGCUGAGGUCUUUCUCACGGUGACGGUUCAAAUCAUCUGGUGGCAGCAGACCCGCCUUUGUCCUUCUGUGGCUGAGGGGAGAGAUUUAUGACUUUCUUUGCUUGAUUGUAGACGAGGAGAUUUUACCGUUCAGGCUUUUUCUUUUUGUUUUUUUUUUUUUUUUUUGUUUUUUUGUUUUUUUUUUUUUUUUUUUUUUUUUUUUUUUUUUUUUUUGUUUGUUUGUUUUUUUGCCAGAAGUGUGAAAUAAUAAGUUGACAAUAUAUAUAUAUAUUUUACCCAAACGGGUUUCACUUUUAAAAAGGUAUUUGUAUUCCCACAGACUCUACUGUAAAUCACGUUAGACCUUUCCUCUAGGGUGGGGCAGAUUAUAAAUAUGGGUGUAGAUACUGCUUGCAGGCUUCACAGGAAUUUUGGUUGUGGUUCAUUGAGUCACAUGACUCUGUGUCAGCUGACAGGGCUUUGUGGGGCAUUGUAGAACCAGGCACUGCCGAGAGGACCCAUUCAUUCACUGGCAUCUCAACCUUCCCUUGUCAUGUUCCAUACCCAGUCCUAAGACCCACUGAAAAGCAGUGUCUAAACUGUGCUCUGGGCUCAGAAGUGCCCACCCACAUACCAGGGAAGGCUGCGCAUCCUACACAGUGGGUGCAGAGCGGAACAUCCACCUACAGCACGGUUUGUGCCCCCAAUCUGGCUGGCCAGCCUAGUAUGCAAGUAAUCUAAAUUGGUGACUGCAGUCUUGCCUAAUGGACAGGUUCCAUAGGAGGUAGCCACCGCCAAAGAUUUAGUUUGGCCAUCAGUACACAACAGGUGCAGAGGCCAAGCAGAUGUGGGGGCAGGGAGCAUCGUCUCUUGUCUGAGGACAGGAGGGACCUUCUCUAUUUGUUCUACUUUGUAACCAUCUCUGGGUGACAGGCUCAGCGCAGUUGGAGGAGCCCAAUGUGUUCCUAUUCCCUGGGGAAGGUCAGGGAAAGCCUUACCUGUUGACUGUUCUGGGGAAAAGCGUGAGGGUGCAGAAGACAGUUCCGGGCAGCUACAAGUGAGUGACAGGCCACACCUUACAACCUGAAAAGCUAAGGACCACGGUGACCUUCGUGGCUACUGUAAGAAGGUGGUGGGUUGAGGCCUGCUCAACAGACAGGGUCGCCAGAGUGUGUGACCCCUGCAAACAGAAUCGUGGGGCCCGCUUUUCCCCCUCAGCCAAAGAAGGAACAUCUCUUCCAAAGCCAGGACAACCUGGUCGCUGGCCCCUUGUCACAUGUCACCCCCCCCACACACACACACCUGCCUCAAGGAGUGCUAGUGCCCAAAUCUGUAAUCCAAAUAUUUAUUUUUGUAUCCACUUGAGAAGUAUUGAUCUCAGCCUUUAUUAAAAUAAGUUGUUCUUUCAUAAA